CUAAUUUGUUGCAAUAAAUUUUGUUUUUGGGUGACUUUUUAGCUAAAAGGGUUCUAUCCAGUAUUCAAACGAUGUGCUUAUUGUUUCACUUAAAAAGCACAUAUUGAAGCUACUCUUCUGCGGGGCGCAGGCGCAAAUUCCAGAAGUGUAGCUAUCGACGAAUUCAUUUCAUCUGGAAUACAAGAAUAAAACACUGCCGGAAUCAACAAUGAAGCUGCGGUAUGCGAUGGUGUGCUCAUCGAACCAGAAUCGAAGCAUGGAGGCCCAUUGUCUGCUGAAAAGAGAGGGCUUUGAUGUGGCCUCAUACGGUACUGGGCAACACGUUAAGCUUCCAGGUCCUUCUAUUAGGGAACCCAAUGUUUACGAUUUCGGCACUCCCUAUAAACACAUGUUCGAUGAACUCCGCCGCAAAGACCUCGAACUGUACAAGCGAAAUGGAAUAUUGCCUAUGCUGAAAAGGAACUUAGGUGUAAAGCUUGCACCUCAACGUUGGCAGGAAAAUGCAGCUGAUGGUCCCUUUGAUGUCGUACUUACAUUUGAAGAAAAAGUUUUUGAUUUGGUGCUUGAAGAUAUUCAUAACAGAAAUCAAGUUCUCUUGAAGCCGGUUCUUGUAAUCAAUUUAGAAGUAAAAGAUAACCAUGAGGAGGCAGCAAUUGGAGGUCGUCAAGCUUUGCUUUUGUGCCAAGAACUUGAUGCGACUGAAAAUUGGGAGGAUACAAUUGAUGAUAUCAUCAAUAAUUUUGAGAAACAGCAUCGACGGAAGCUCCUGUAUAGCAUCUCCUUCUACUGAAAGCGUGGUGAACUACUAAUGGAACUAUUAACUAGACUAGCACUUAAACUCAUUCGUUGUUCCAACUGCUGAUAUUUCAAUCACUCGUUACUAUUUGUGUCCAAACUGAUUUAAUAACGAGUUAUAGGUCCGUUUUAUUUGUGUAGUGGGGGCGUUAUGACCGAGACACAACAUUUCGGUAGGUUUCAAUGUCCUCAAUGUUGAGUACAUAAGGAGUGGCGUCAUCUUAUGCUA